CAUCUCUCCUCCUCUUGCUCCAUCAUUUAUUAAAGUAUUUUCUUCUCUGGCACCGUGAGAAACAAAGUGUCAGUGUGCAGCAGGGACAUCAGUAGCAGCGCGGCACUGGCACACGAGCGUGGGUACGCCGGGCGGACACGGGGCGCCCGCACAAUUCACAAGUUGAGCGCGACGCACGGAGGAGCAGCGAGCAUCCUGCGGGGACACUGUGCUUUUAACGGACUCACCGAGCGCCAGUUUCCAUCUCCUCACCACUGAUCAUUUGUUGCUGCCUGGGCUCCAACAGUCCCGAGGCUGUGUUUCAUCCUGCGCACCGACGGAUACCCACAGACCCACGAUCACAGAUGGACUGGAUCAACCCUGAGCUGUGAAGUGUGUUAUGUGAGCCAAGGUGUUUUCCCACCUUGCUGGUGGUGGGGAAAGAUGCUGCACUUUGUUGCCAUGACAGCAGAAGUUCUCUUUGUUCUUGGGUUCCUGAUGAGCGCCGCUCAUUCUAACCCAGUAGCGACCUUACCAGAGAGCCGAGGACGUCUGGAAAGGGUGUUGACCCAGGCCACCGGGGGGAAAAAUCAGGGCAAGCAAGUGUCUGAGGAGCUGCUGCGGCAGCGGCCGGAGGACAUCAAUAUCUUUGGCCCCAACAAGACUGAAUUGAGCCGCACAAAUCUUCAGGCUGGAGGAUCUGAGGGCGGGAAAUCCCAGGAGCAGUGGAGUGUACAGGACAACCUAAACCAAAUAGAUGAGGGUCCCACCAGUGACGUCACCCUCUCUCUGGACGCUAUUGAUGAAUACGCCUACCCAGACUACAGGGGGAAAGGCUGCAUGGAUGAGAGUGGCUUUGUGUUUGCCAUCGGCGAGCAGUUCACACCAGGUCCUUCGACAUGUCCUUGCCUGUGCACUGACGAGGGCCCUCUGUGCACCAAGCCAGAAUGUCCAAAGGUUCACCCUCGCUGCAUUAAAGUGGACACUAGCCAAUGCUGCCCACAGUGCAAGGAGAAAAAGAACUACUGUGAGUUUCGUGGCAAAAUCUACGCCUCUCUAGAAGAGUUUAAGGUGUCUCCAUGUGAGAAGUGUCGGUGUGAGCCCAGUGGAGAGGUGCUGUGCUCGGUGGCAGCUUGCCCUCAGACGGAGUGUGUGGACCCGGAGUACGAGCCGGAUCAGUGCUGCCCCAUUUGCAAGAGUGGACCAAAUUGCUACGCGGACACGACAGUCAUACCAGCCGGCCGUGAGGUGAAGAUCGAUGAGUGUACAAUCUGCUACUGCACAUACGAGGAGGGUACAUGGCAGAUUGAGCGUCAGGCCACCUGCAGUAAGAACGAGUGCCAGCGGAGCUAAAGACUGGCACAAUGAGAGGGGACAUUGGCACACAACACCAGCGCCAGUCCGCAUGUAAACUCAGCCUUUCACCCAGUCUACCGGACAUCAGGGUCGGACAGCAGCCCUCAAGCAAUUCAACAUUUAUACCCUGGUCACUCCUGCAUUACAGAAAAAAAGCUUUUCUGAAAGUUUAUAAUCCACACACAGAAUAUCUAUUUAUCUAUGUAUGAAAUUAUUUAUGAGUACUUACAAAUAUAGGGGUCAUAAAUGCUUAACUAGUGAAAAAAAAUAUUUUUUAUAGCCUCUGUAUUUUAAUAAGCAAUGUAUCGGACCAGAGGUCAAUAAAAUAAUAGAAUGUACAGAACACACACAGCUGUUUUUGAAGGUGAAAACCUCAAUGUCUCAACAUGUGGUGUCAUCACAGAAAUCCUGACACCUGCUCCUCUACCACCAAAGUGCAGACUAGACGCGUGUGAUCCGUUUCAAAGGGAUGAGGAAAGACUUGCUGUGCUGGAUGAUCAAGUACAGAGAUAAAAACAAAAUGAGAAAAGGGAACAUUCAAGAGCACUUGACUGUUUCUUGAUUUCUUAUCUUUUUUUGGAUGUUCAAGUGUGUUUUGAUUUGAAAGUGUUUUUUGUAUUUCUCUUAGUACUGUGUUCAUGUUUCAAAUAAAUGCCAAUCUGUGCUUGGUAGAUGUUCAA